UUCCGCAUCAAAAGCUCGGUGCUGAGUCGAGUGGGAAGUCUCGAGUUGGACAUCUCUAGCUUACUUGAAUCUUGCACACAUGAAUGUCGCACAGGAACAAAACGGUCAGGUUAGGAACAAAUAAACCCACGGAAGCGUUGUUCCUAUACUAUCAUGGAACGGGCGAUGGAGCAGCUAAACGUACAGCUUAACCGGCUGACCCGUUCCCUUCGCCGGGCUCGGACCGUGGAACUCCCAGAAGAAUGGUUUUUGUCCUUUUGUCCUUCGGGGUUUGCCAUACUCUGGCAAGGGACAUGCGCACUGCGUACAGACAAUGAAACUGCAGUGUACACGCUAAUGCCAAUGGUCAUGGCUGAUCAGCACAAGUCAGUCUCUGAGUUGCUGCUCAACUCCAAGUUUGAUGUGAACUAUGCCUUUGGAAGGGUAAAGAGAAGUCUGUUACACAUAGCUGCCAAUUGUGGGUCAGUUGAGUGUCUGGUGCUGCUGUUAAAGAGAGGAGCCAAUCCUAACUACCAGGACAUCUCAGGCUGUACACCUCUGCACCUUGCUGCUCGCAAUGGACAGAAGAAAUGCAUGGGUAAGCUAUUGGAAUUCAAUGCUGAUGUCAACAUCUGCAACAAUGAGGGACUGACUGCUAUCCAUUGGUUAGCGGUGAACGGGCGAACAGAGCUCCUUCAUGAUCUGGUCCAGCAUGUAUCCAAUGUGGAUGUUGAAGAUGCCAUGGGGCAGACGGCUCUACAUGUAGCCUGUCAGAAUGGACAUAAAACAACGGUGUUGUGUCUCUUAGACAGUGGAGCUGACAUCAAUCGUCCAAAUGUCUCAGGAGCCACGCCCCUUUACUUUGCUUGCAGCCAUGGCCAAAGAGACACAGCACAGAUUCUGCUUUCUCGAGGUGCCAAAUACCUCGCUGACAAAAAUGGAAUUACGCCUCUGGAACUCUGUGUGCAGGGUGGAUAUGGGGAGACUUGUGACUUACUCAUCCAACACCACAGCAGAUUGUUUCAGACUCUCAUCCAGAUGACACAGAAUGAUGAUAUUAAAGAGAACAUGCUCAGGCAGGUUUUGGAGCACGUCUCUCAGCAGAGUGACAGUCAUUACCAAAGGAUCCUGAUCAGUCUUGCAGAAGUGGCUACCACCAAUGGACACAAACUUCUUAGCCUGUCCAGCACUUAUGAUGCUCAGAUGAAGAGUCUUCUAAAAAUUAUUCGUAUUUUUUGCCAUGUGUUCCAACUGGGGCCAUCUUCACCAAACAUCGGUAAUGAGAUGGGCUACAAUGGAAACAAGACACCACGCAGUCAGGUGUUUAAGCCGCUGGAGCUGUUGUGGCACUCCUUGGAGGAGUGGCUAGUGCUCAUCUCUACAGAGUUGGGCAGCAACAGAAAGAACCCAUCCUCAUCUUCUUCGAGCAGUGACAUUGCAUCUCUGCUUCUCAAGCAGCGGGAGGUUGACCUCUCCAGUUCCAACCCUAAGCUUCCCUCCUUGUUGGACCGUCAAAUAAUCAUUGAAACGGAGAUGUAUGGUGAAGGAGAGGACGUCAUCUCUAUGACAUCAAAUCGACUCAGUGCUGUGAUCCGGGCCUUUUACAUGUGCUGCUCAUGUCAGAUGCCACAAGGAAUGACGUCCCCUCGGUUUAUAGAGUUUGUGUGCAAGCAUGAUGAUGUUCUCAAGUGUUUUGUAACCAGAAAUCCAAAAAUUAUCUUUAACCACUUCCAUUUCCUACUUGAGUGUCCAGAGUUGAUGUCACGUUUCAUGCAUAUUAUUAAGGGACAGCCCUUUAAGGACCGCUGUGAGUGGUUCUAUGAGCAUCUGCUUGCUGGCCAGCCAGAUUCGGGCAUGGUUCAUAGACCGGUCAAUGAAAAUGACAUCCUCCUUAUCCACAGAGACUCUAUAUUCAGGAGUAGCUGUGACAUGGUUUCCAAGUCCACCAAUGAGAAACUCAAACAGGGCAUUGCUGUUCGCUUCCAUGGUGAAGAGGGCAUGGGCCAAGGUGUGGUGCGGGAGUGGUUUGACAUCCUUUCCAAUGAGAUUAUUAACCCAGACUAUGCUCUGUUCACUCAGUCAGCUGAUGGUACCACAUUUCAACCAAACAGCAACUCCUCAGUGAACCCAGACCAUCUAAACUACUUUCGGUUUGCAGGUCAGAUCCUGGGUUUGGCUUUGUACCACCGUCAGCUGGUUAACAUCUACUUCACUCGUUCAUUCUACAAACAUAUACUGGGUAUACCAGUGAACUACCAGGAUGUAUCGUCUAUUGAUCCAGAGUAUGCCAAAAACCUGCAGUGGAUUCUGGACAAUGAUAUCAGUGACCUGGGUCUGGAGCUCACCUUCUCUGUUGAGACAGAUGUUUUUGGGGCGAUGGAGGAAAUGGCACUCAAACCUGGAGGGACCAGCAUCCUGGUGACCCAGGAAAACAAGGCUAAUGCCCAGAUGGGAACCUGUGUUGCAUGUUUUUGUCUUCCAUUGACACUUCACUCAAUACUUACAGCCCUCGGCCUUUCUUUGGAAUGCAGAUUACUCUGCCCUUUACACUGUAUCCAGGCUGAGUACGUCCAGCUGGUGACAGAGCUGAGGAUGACACGAGCGAUUCAGCCUCAGAUAAAUGCCUUCCUGCAAGGCUUCCACACCUUCAUACCUCCUUCACUCAUCCAGCUUUUUGAUGAAUAUGAAUUGGAGCUCCUGCUGUCAGGGAUGCCAGAGAUUGAUGUGCAGGACUGGUGGAGGAACACUGAGUACACCAGUUGUUAUGAUCCUCAGGAGCCUGUCAUCCAGUGGUUCUGGGAGGUGGUGAAAAGCCUGACCCAAGAGGAAAGAGUUCUUCUGCUGCAGUUUGUUACUGGAAGUUCCAGGGUUCCUCACGGAGGCUUUGCCUACCUGAUGGGGGGCAGUGGUUUACAAAAGUUCACCAUUGCAGCAGUGCCAUAUACUUCUAAUCUGCUGCCUACCUCUAGUACCUGUAUCAAUAUGCUGAAACUCCCUGAAUACCCAAACAAGGCCAUCCUUAGAGAUCGACUGCUUGUUGCUUUACAUUGUGGGAGCUACGGUUACACCAUGGCAUAAACUAUCACUUUGUGCUGCUCUGACAGUAUGUGAACCUUUUUCCCCGACAGAAGCUGGUUUUGCUAGACUGAGAAGAAAAACUAUAUUCUUAUGAAUGUUAUUUUAUGGAGGACACAGGUGCUUGAUCUCCUUCACCUGUGACACAACCUGUAUUUUUAAAUGACUUUGGUUAUUUUUAGGAACAGCAUAUAUGAAAUCAGGCAGUGAAAUCUAUUCAGGCAUACCUUCAUGUCCAUAGCCAGUGUGGAACUGUUUCAGACAUGCACACAUUGAUGUCCUAAGUCCUUUACAGCUGAGUUUGUUCACUGCUUUUUAUUACUUGAAACAUAUUAGUUAUGUCUGUUUUCCAUGAUCAUUAAAUAUGGCAGAAAUUACUGUUCUAGCUAUCUAUUUUGACAACUCUACAGACAAAUUUAUUUGAAGUUUGAGGUACAAAAAAAUAAGAAACGUUGACAAAAAUUAAAACGAUGGCAAUUAAAAAGAUGACAAGGAUUCAAAAGUUGACCAAGGUGAAAAUAUGUCAAAGUUUAAAAAAUUCCUUAACUGUGUAAUAGUUUAAUAACUAGUCAAAAUUUACCAGUCAGAAACAAAAAUCUUGCCAUUGCCAAGGUAAUAAAUUACAUUGGUGCUUUUAUUUUGAAAGUUAAAAAAAUUUGUGUGGUCUUGUGUGAGUGAUUACUAACCUAUAAAAUAGUAAUUAAAUAGUCAUAAUUUAGCAUUCAAACGAAAAAAUAGCCCUAUUAAAGCAAAACAUUAGAUUAAGCCCCUUCAGAAUAAAAGCACCAUGAGUGUGGUGGUUAUUUACUUAACUGUAAAAUAGUCUCAUUAACGACUAGUAAGUAAUCAGAACCAGAAAUGUUUCGAAAAUUUUGCCAAUAAAGGUAAUACAUUUAUCAUAAUUUGGUGCUUUAAUUUUCAAAGGAUUUAGAGGAAAUGUGUGGGGGGAAUAGCGUAACUGUCAAUUAGUCUUUAAAUAAUCAUAAUUAACCAUUCAAAGGCAAAAACAGUGCAGUUAAAGCUAAUAAUUGGCAUUGCUGCUUUUAUUUUGAAAAGACAGAGAAAGAAUGUGUGGGUAAUUACUAAACUUUUAAUUUAUUUUUAAAUAGUCAUAAUUACCCAUCCAAAAGCAGAAAUAUUGCUAUUAAAGCUAAUUAUUUGGCUUGGUGCUUUUAUUUGAAAGCAUUUAGAGGAAGUAUGUGCUUAAUUACUUCACAAUGCAAUAGUGUAGUUACGUAAUCAUUAAUAAGCAUGGAACUGCCGUGUACAGUGAGCAUCAGGAGUUUGACCUUUCAGUCAAAUCUGCAGUUGCGCCAUCCCCAUGGAGACGAAAGGCGGGAAAAUCAGGCUCACUAUGCUGUUUGAAAGCAGACUUUUAGCCUUGAUAAAUAGGCUUGUUCCAGCAAAACCAUAAUAGUUACAAAAAAAUAUUUUCAUUUUAUGAAUCCUAAGGCUUCCCUGAACAACUGGAGUUAAUUUUAUGUUUGAGGACGAAAGCUUGUAGCCACAGUCGCAAUUUCAAAAUACGUCUCCUGUUUUUUUUUUUUUUCCCAGACGCCUGCGAAAAUUAUCAUUAGAGUCUACGGGAGAAUUUCAGGAUCUCUCUACGCUUUGAGCUUGAUUGCGACUAAAGUAUAGAUCUGAGGGUAAGGCCAGACAUGUCAUUAGGAAGAAGACACGUAUGACUAUGGUUUAGUGAAAUAAUUACAUUGAUAAAGUGAAAAGUUCUGUCUUUAAAAAACGAGCCCUUACACUCUAGCUGUGACAUCACGCACUCUAGCUCACGCAAUACACAGUAAUGGAAAAGCUGAAAAUGUAGCAAAAAACACACUAAAUUUAAAUGCUCACUAGUUGAAAAGUAUAGAAGAUACGAGAACAUUGCUUUACAAAAAGAAAUUUGAACGAUGAAAGACGCUUUUGACGUUGAAAUGACGUUUCUACGCCAAAGUAUGACGAUGACAGAAGCUGACGUAAAGAGGGAAGUUGACAAAAAGUUGAACGAUGAUUCCCAUAAA